AUGGUGUUCAAUGAGAUGCUACCCAAUGGUGUUUCCGGAUUAACAAUGCUCGAAUUAAGGAGGGGGCUGUAUUCUGCAAUUUCGAGUGGGCCAGGAGCAAACGUCGUUUGGAAGCUUGAAGAGACCUUUGUUUAUCAUCGACUCGAGGUCGAGGAUGAACUCACACAGCUUGAAAGAUUGCCUAUCGACCUGUCCACAGCUAGUAAAAAUUGA